CCCCCCCCCUUUUCUUUAAAUUGUUUCUUUUUUCAUUAAAACCUUCUCGUCACUUCAAUGACUGGAGAUUCCCAGGGAUCUGGAUCCAGAAGAGCGUGGAGAUGAACUUUGAACAUUUCCUGCUUGUGAUUAUUUCAAUCGUCACCAUCACUUCAGGGUCCCGAGCACGAUUUGAAGACAGUGCUCCUCGGAUAGUGGAGGACCCUUCCGACUUGAUCGUCUCCAAGGGGGAGCCCGCCACCCUCAACUGCAAGGCGGAGGGCCGGCCCACGCCCGGCAUAGAGUGGUACAAAGACGGCGAGCGCGUGGAGACCGACAGGGAUGACCCACGCUCCCACCGCAUGCUCCUGCCCAGCGGCUCCCUCUUCUUUCUACGCAUCGUUCACGGACGCAGGAGCAAACCGGACGAGGGCGUCUACACCUGCGUGGCCCGCAACCUGCUGGGAGAGGCCAUCAGUCGCAACGCAACGCUGGAGGUCGCUGUCCUGAGAGAUGAUUUCCGGCAGGCCCCGAGCGACGUGGUGGUGGCCGCCGGAGAACCCGCGGUGCUGGAGUGCGUGCCCCCACGGGGUCACCCCGAACCCGCCGUCUUCUGGAAACGCAACAACGCCCGCGUCAGCAGCAAAGACGACCGCAUCACGAUGCGAGGGGGCACGCUGAUGAUCUCCCCCACCAGGAAGAGCGAUGCCGGCAUGUAUGUGUGUGUGGGAACCAACAUGGUGGGAGAGAGGGACAGCGAUCCUGCUGAGCUGGUCGUUUACGAACGUCCGGUGUUGGUACGGCGCCCGGUAAACCAGGUGGUCAUGGAGGAAGAGACCGUGGACUUCCUGUGUGAGGUCCACGGCGAUCCUGCUCCCACCGUGCGAUGGCGGCGAGAGGAAGGGGAGCUUCCUCGCGGGAGGUUUGAAAUCCGCAACAGCAACAACCUGCGUUUGUUCCGCGUGAAGGCGCAGGAUGAAGGGACGUACACCUGCACAUCUGAGAACAGCGUGGGCAAGACGGAAGCCUCGGCCAUGCUGCAGGUCCACGUGCCUCCUCAGAUUACCGCAAAGCCCAGAGACCAGAUUGCCGCCCAAGGGAGGAGCAUAACCUUCCAAUGUGGCACCACAGGAAACCCUCCACCUGCCAUCUUCUGGCAGAAAGAGGGCAGCCAGAUGCUGCUGUUUCCUGGUCAGCCACCAUCGCAGUCCGGUCGGUACUCCGUUUCCAUGAGCGGCGAGCUGAUCAUCGCGGACGUCCACCCCGAGGACUCGGGCUUCUACGUCUGCCAGGCCAUCAGCGUGGCAGGAAGUGUCCUGACCAAGGCCCUGCUGGAGGUGGAAGGAGGGCCUUCGGGUCGUAUCCCACCGAUCAUCCGGCAGGGUCCGGCCAACCAGACCGUGUCCCGGGGGGCCGUGGCACAGCUGCACUGCCGCUUAGUUGGAGGCACCUCAGUCAAGAUCUCAUGGGAGAAAGAUGGAGAGAGGCUGCAGGGAAAUAAACCCCGAGUGACCUUGAUGGAGAACGGCACGUUGCAAAUUGCAGAUCUAAAGGACGCCGACUCUGGGAUGUACACGUGCGUGGCGUCCAGUCCCACGGGGGAAUCCAGCUGGAGCGGGAUGUUGACUGUCAGAGAGGAAGGAGCCUCUUCGGGAUCCAGAGCGUCUGAGUUCAUCCAGCUUCCAGGGCCGCCGCAGAAACCCGUGGUUACCGAGGUGACCAAGAGCACCGUCACUCUGACGUGGCAGUCCAAUCCUCACGAAGGCGGAGAUGCCGUCACCUCCUACGUCAUCGAGGCUUUUAGCCAAUCGGUGGGCAGCACCUGGCAAACCGUUGCGGACCACGUGAGGCACGAGAGGCACACGGUCGUUGGACUUUUCCCAAACACGGUUUAUCUGUUCAUAGUCCGAGCCCUCAACUCCUACGGCCUCAGCGACCCCAGUCCGAUCUCUGAGCCGGUCCGGACUCAGGAUGGGAGUCCAACAGAGCAGGGCGUGGACCACAGGCAAGUUCAGAGAGAGCUGGGGGAGGUUUCCAUCUACCUGCAGAAGCCCGUGGUUCUUUCUCCCACCAGUGCCAGGAUUUCUUGGACUGUCGCCCGUCAGUCCCGGUACAUCCAGGGUUAUCGCGUGUUUUUCCGGGUCAUCGGAGGCUCCUGGCUGGUCCGAGAUGUGGAGGCGACAUCCGACUACAGCGCAACGUUAGCAGAUCUCCAGAGCAAGAAGGAGUAUGAAGUCAAGAUACGGCCCUACUUCAAUGAGCUGCAGGGCCACGACAGUCUCAUGGUUCUGGUCCGGACCCCUGAGGAGGUUUUAAGUGGCCCUCCGCAGGCUGUUUCAGUGGUGCAGCUCACCAAUAGCUCAAGUAUCAGCGUCUCCUGGGAACCACCGCCUCACAACGUUCAGACUGGAGUCAUCCUAGAGUACAAGGUCUGGUGUUUGUCCAGCGACGCGGCGAGUCAGAUAAACCGAACGGUGGACGGUUCCGUUCUGUCCAUCCUGCUGACGGGUCUGCUCCCCGAUGUCCAGUACACGGUGGCGGUGGCUGCUGUCACCAGUCUGGGUGUGGGCGCUCCGAGUCUGCCUGUCAGCCUGCUUGUUGCUCAACAACCGGUGGAGGUGAAGAAAGGCGGCGAGCUCAGCGUGACGGAGCAAAUCGCCGGCGUUAUCCGCCAGCCGGCCUUCAUCGCGGGGCUGGGCGUGGCCGCCUGGCUGGUUCUGAUGGGCUCCGGCGGACUGCUCUACUGCCGGCACCGCAGGAGGAAGCAGCUGGGCCACUACACCACAUCCUUCGCCUACACCCCAGCAGUUGGCUUUGCUCACAGUGAAGGAUCUGGAAUCGUCAAUGGAGGGCCUGGCUUGUUGGGGUCAAAUAUGGGCAAUUACCCCUGGCUGGCGGACUCCUGGCCCACUCCGAACCUCACUCACAGCAAAGACUUUGUCAACUGCUGCUCUGGAAAACUGGACUCGGAAAGAUAUUAUAACUCCGUCGGGAUCAUUAUCUACCCCAGUCAGACGGAGAAGCGCAGCACGGCGUCCAACGACAGCCCCAUUUACAGCACCAUCAACACAGCGGCCGAGGACGACCUGCUGGCUUACUAUGACACCUACUCCAGCGUGCCCUUCAACCAGGGUCCAGACCCCUACAGCAGCAACCCAGUGCUGCCCAGUGCUGGGAUUCUGGGUCUGGAGCAGGACCUGGACCGCUGGACCAUCCAGUCUGGCCAGUCGGGGUCAGAAUAUGCCAAACUCCAGUACACCAAGAAAAGCAACGACAAACUGACUUCGCAGGCAUCUGCUGGAUCCCUGUCCAAGCCGGCUCCUCUCACCUGGGUGGACGUUUUAUCGCUUCCUCUUCCGCCCACCAGGGGCAGAGAUCAUCCAAAACCAGACAAAGGAGAGGCGCAGCACAGCUCCGAGGAGGAAGAUGAUGACUGGUGUCCUCCGCUGCCGGCCAGAACCUACCUGAUGGACUCUUACAGGGAGGACGGGUCAGACCUGCCGUCCAGACCAGAGGAAGUAAUGCCUCCCCCACAGCAUGACGCCCCGCAGCCAGGCGACAGUCCCCGCAUCCAGCACUUUGACUUGUUGGUUCGCCACCAGCAGAGCCAGGUGUCCCAGUCCAACCCCGAUCUAUUCACCAACACCAAGGCACUGGAAGCCAGUGAUCUGUGCAACCACAGCAGCCAAUGGGAGGAUGAUUUCAGGGGAGAAAGCCUCGGCAAAGGACAAUCUCUCGACGCGGCCGCCGAGUCGAGCCCGACGGCUGCGGCGCAGAAACCCAGGAGUAAAAAGAGAGCGCCGAGGGACGGACAGAGCCGGAGAGAGAGGCACGGAGACGCGGCAGAACUCCCGCCUCCGCCGGCCCCUCCCGCCGCAGACGGCUCCCCGCGGCUCUUUGUGGACGUUUCGAGUCGCAGACAAGCAGACAGCGAAACAAGAGAGGGAAGCGAUUUGCCCGCUCUCCUGAAGCGAGGAGACGAUUCCUCACCCCAGAGGGGAGGACUUGCAAAGUGGUUAUCACAAGAUGAGAAUGUAAUCCCAUAUAGACAGCCAAACGUCUUGUCCGAGGUCCAGACGUCGGGCUCCGGGUCCUUGGGGAGACGGGCAUUUCCUCGGCCCGCCGCCGCUGCUCAGAGGAGAGAUAAGAACCUCUUAUAGACAGCCGCCGAUUACACCAUGUGACGUUCUCCUCUCUUUUCCUCCCCAACUUCCUGUCUCUGCGAACCAUCAAUGUGUUGCCAUGGCAUCCCGCGAAAAGCUGAAGACAAAAGGAAAAGCGUCAAGGCUCGCCAUCUGCCUGCUCACAAGCUACUCGUAUUCUCUUCUUGUUUUACCUUAAGGAUCUUCUUUUUCCUUCUUCUUCUUGCGUGUGAUUUCUCUCACUCCCCCCUCCUUGUAAAGAGUUCCUCUGUAAUCUUUUAUUUUAUUUUUUUUAAAAGAAGAGGUGAUCAGAUUUAUUGCUAAGAAAAGAAACGUUUGGUAUUUUUAGGCUCAAGGGAAUGAAAUGGAAGUAUUGCGUUGUUGUGCAGCAGAUUAAUGAAUGUAUCUUUUGUUUACUCCUGACCGUCAAAACUAUGAUGCUGCGUUUUUGUCUCUCUCUGUUUUUUUUUUUUUUCUUCUUGUUUUGGUUUUUUGAUGAACGACGGGGCGGGGAAGAGGGACAUGAAGCUAGAUCUCACGAUGUCGGUGUGUGUGUGUGUGUGUGUGCGUGCAUGUGCGUGCGUGUGUGUGUGCGUGAGUGUGCCAGUGCUUUAGUUUUACCUUCCCGUGUGGCUGUGUAACCGUAUUAGAUCACCAGUGUGUUCAUUUUUAAAUUUGAAAAAACAAAUAAUAAAUAAAUAAAAGGCUUUGUUACAUAAAGGUUC